UGCUCCCAGGCUUUCACGUGAAAGGGUUGUGCGGUGUCUGAUAAGAUGUAGGAGCGAGCGUCCUACGUUUGCUGCUAGUCUUCAAAGAGCUAGUGCGGAGGGGAGUUGCUAAAGAGACGAGAUUGUGCAAAAGCAGAUUUAAUCGAGGUAGAAGCACAUCAUUCAUCUUCACCGCUUCUCCAUGCUCUACUCUUCAUUCAACAGUGCAAACUAAGCCUGAAUUGUACCAGAAUGAUACAGAUCUUGGACCCAAGACCUUUGCCCAGCUCCAUCAUGCCUGUUGAUGUGGCCAUGAGAAUCUGCUUAGCCCAUUCACCACCUCUGAAGAGAAUUCUCAGCCCUCUUGAUGACUAUCCAAGAAGAAACUUUGUUAACAGAUUCAAGCCUCUCAGACCAUGUCUCAAUGUGAAACGUGAAUCUGAGUGUCGAAACAAUAGUGACUGGAACCGCUCCCCAAGUCGAGCCAAGAAACGAGUCGUGUUUGCAGAUUCAAAGGGACUAUCUCUGACUGCAAUCCAUGUCUUCUCUGAAAUCCAGGAACAUCCGGUCUGGGAUCUUCAGUUUGACUUGUCGGAUCUUGAAGACAUAACUGCUGGUUUAAAACUACAUGAAGAGAGAAAUUUGAUUCUAGGUUUCCCUCAACCUUCAGCUGAUUACUUAGAUUUCCGGAAUCGCUUGCAGAAGAACUUUGUCUGUCUUGAGAAUUGCACCCUCCAAGAGAGGGCGGUGGCAGGGACUGUGAAAGUGAAAAACAUGAGCUAUGAGAAGGUGGUUCAGGUUCGAAUUACCUUUGAUACAUGGAAAACAUACACAGAUGUAGAUUGUGUCUACAUGAACAAUGUGUAUGGAGACUCUGACAGUGACACCUUCUCAUUUGCCAUUGAGCUGCCCGCAGCCAUUCCCACUCAAGAAAAGAUUGAGUUCUGCAUUUCUUACCAAAGUGGCAAGCAUAUCUUCUGGGACAAUAAUGAGGGACAGAACUACAAGAUUGUCCAUGCAGAAUGGAAACCUGAUGGUGUCCAAGCACCAGCAUCUACUAAGAGAGACUGCACAGUUCAUAAGAUUCCAAGGAUGACCCAAGAUUGUGAGCAGUUUGGCAGUCCAAGGAUGUCAAAUGGCCUGUUUCCGGAGUGGCAAAGCUGGGGUAGAAUUGAAAACUCAGCUCCAUAUUGGUGGGAGAUAGGAUCACCAGAGGUGGAAAUGUUUUACUUUGAAAAACAUAGUGAGCACAUUUAG